GGGUUUAAACCACGUCGAAGCAAACGGGCAUAAGUGUCAGCCAAUCGUUGCAGUUGCUUUCUUUUAAUUCUAAUACGCGAUUGAUUGACGUCUAUUCACAUUUCCAAUGUUUAUAAAAUUGAAAAUUCAUAAUCGGAUGAUUCCCUUUAGAGAUUUUAUUCUGUGGCCACGAAGUGCUACAGAAAACAGGGAGUUUUGUGUAAUGCUUCUCAAAAAUAGAAAUGCGCAUUUGCAUGCGAGAUAUUUCGUGAGUGUUGCUCCUAGGCAUUGAAUAUCCUGAUGCGUAACUCCGAAAGACUGUUAACAUUCAAACAAUAGAAAAUAAGGUGCCGCGGCAACAAAUGACAGUGAUACUCGGUGACAUUUUGUUGAGGUGGACGUCAGGACAAGGAAAAAACAGCCUUACGUACUUCUGGCUUAGUAGUGAGUUAACUUUUAAGCGAGUGAGAACGGUGCAUUAAUGCGGACUGCAGAACGGGAUAUUUUAUACGGAAGACCGUAGAAAACACGAAUCCGAAAAAUCAAAAAUCUGUUUCAACGAUAAGGCAGUACUUGCAUCCAACCUCUCUAUACUCCACUACCAUUCUUCAUGCUUCAUUCGUGAUUUCAGUGCCGAGGAAUCAGCUAAAGAAACGUUCGUGGAACCUGAGAGAUACGCUAUAUUUUAUAAUGCACGCCUCACGUACACGAGUUUCUUCAAGUGCAAAUAGUUUGUCUCACGUUUCAUGAAACUAAUUUUACAGACAGCAGCAACUCGUGAAACUUUUUGAUCAAGACUGCCAAUCUAAGACUGAACCACUGAUGCAAGGGGUAAUCAACUGUAACUUUAAGAACGGACAGUAUCAAUGGGAAACUGCUUUUCGUGUUUCAAGGUGCUUCCACCGUCUACUACAAAUCAACCUAUUGUUUUGGAGCAUAAACAUGAAACUAUGGAACUCAGAGGUGUUUGUCCUCCAGAUUCUUGUCCACAAACUAGUCCUUUGACAUCUAUAGAAAUGCAUGCCAAUGGAAACAAACCACCUUUAAGUACACUAACUACGUUCAAUAGCAUUGGUUCUGAUAAUUGUGGAUCUGUACCUAUCACGCAGAACAAUCAACGUGCAUCGCGUGGUUUUUAUACGCGAUUACCACCUCUAGGCCGUUCUGGCAACAGUUCAGGCCUUAACCAAACUAUUGAGUCAAAGCAGCAGAAAGAACUGUGGGAAAAUAAACUCAACAUCCUUUUUGAUCAGUACAAGGAUCAACAUGAAGAUAUUAUCUUGGCUGAUGGUAUAGAACGGUUUUGUGAGGACCUACAGCUCUCACCAGAUGAAUUUAAAGUUUUAGUUCUUGCAUGGAAGUUGAACGCAGGACAAAUGUGCCAGUUUACGCGCCAAGAAUUUGUCGCAGGACUGAAAGCAAUGCGAGUUGAUAGUAUACGCGGUAUUCAAUCCCGAUUACCCGAAGUUGUUCAGGAAUUAAUGGUGAAUGGCGAACUCUUUAAGGAUCUAUAUCGAUUUACAUUCCGAUUUGGAUUGGACGUUGCGUCUGGCCAGAGGAUCCUGCCGGCAGAUAUGGCGAUCGUUCUUUGGAGGCUUGUGUUUACAAUUCGCGAACCUCCGCUUCUCGUCAAAUGGCUGAGGUUCCUUGAGUUUCAUCACGUACGUGGAAUUCCUCGAGAUACAUGGAACAUGUUUUUAAAUUUCGCUGAAUCAGUCGGUGAUGAUCUUGGCGCCUACGACGACGCCGAGGCAUGGCCUAGCUUAUUCGACGAUUUUGUCGAAUAUGAAAACGAUCAAAUGAAUCAGAACAUUACCAAGGAAGAUAUUAUAAAGGAUUGUGCGUUCGGUAAAGACUAAAAUUUUACACUCGUAUCAAGGUUACACAGUUUUUCGUAAUAUCGUCUUUGGACAGGAUACUCAUUUAAGAUGAAUUGAAUUUUUCUAAUGUAUUAUGACAAAAGAUGUUACUCUAUAAUAAUAUCUGCUACAUUGUAAACAAAUCUUUUUUUUAGUUACCUGAUUUCGUAACUUGUAGUAUAUUUUUAUAUUACAAAAUUAUAGAAUGCAAUAUUGUUGUAAAAAAUGUAUAGUGAUAAAAGAAAGCGGCGGUUAGAUGUAGUUUACAUUUUAUGUUACAAUCGUAAUUCUAUUUUUUGGUUAUGCUACUUGUUUUUUUACAACUUGAAUAAGAGAAUCCUGUUCAAACACAAUGAAAAGAGAAAUGCAAUUUUAAACAUAGGGUACAGUUUAAUGAGCGGCAACUAGGGUGUAAAGAUAUAUGUUUAAAUUAGUAUUACGACUCAAAUUUGUGAUAUAUAAAGAGAUGCAUAGUACAUAAGCGCACAUGUGCGCAUCCAUAUGAAAUCCAUUAAUAUUACUUAUCUCCGAUAGCAAAUAGUUUCAAAAACUGGAAAUAAUAAAAAAGUCACCAAAUUUUAUGAAAGAAUGAGUGACAAUGAAAAUAGGACUUUCAUAAGUAACAAAUGAUUAUUGAUAAUUGAUGAACUAUAAAUUAUAAGUAGAUGACAGAUGAAAGGUUGAUAACAUAUAAGUGAAUAACUUAUGGUAGUUUUUGUUUAAGACACAUUAGACUUCCCAAACAAGUACAUGCGCAUAUUUUAUUAGUCUAUACAAUUAAUUUCUCACACAUAUGGCUUUGUUACUUAUACAUCUAUGUAUACCAGUUUUUAAAUUCAGUAACAAUUUAAUGAUCACCGAAAAGAUGAUCAUGAAGAGGGCCGUUUUGGGACUUUGUAUCUGAGGCCUAGUGGGUACAGUCGGCUUAAACGAUUCUGACGCAUAAAAAACAUGGCUAGAGGAGAAGGCUUCCCCUACUCACCACGCUCUUCAGUCCUAAGCCAUAUACUGCUGAUUCUAUGCGCAUCUAUGACGCGCAGUAUAUCUAUAACGUAGGACUGAAGAGUAUGCUGAGUAGGGGAAGCCUCUAGCCACGUUUUUUAUGCGUCAGAAUCGUUUCAGCCGACUGUACAAGGAGCUCGGAAGAUACGCUAAAUCAGUAUAAAAGUUUACGUGAGUGUUGAAAUGCCAUACAUUUUGUUUCGGACACAGAAUAUGCGGAGACUAUCUGUCUUUACCAAUAUCUCCUCGGUAUAUUGAUUUCUCAAAAGAAGCAAAACUAUGACAAAUGUUAAGAUACUUGUUUUUUUCCUCUUUUUUUUUUUUUCUUGGAAAUUUAAAUUAUUUCAUUUGAUGGAUACUUUCAAGAAUCAAAACGGCAAAAGUAUAAAGAAAAUGCAUUUAUAAGGUCUGGUUUAUCUGAUAACAUUUUUAAUUUUCAAAUUGUACUAUUUUUUAAACUAAUUUUUAUAUAACUAUGAAUUUUCCAUUUAUCCGAAAUGGUUCGAUACAAAACUGUAUCAUUCAUCUUUUCGAAAAACUUCAGUUGAAAUCAACAAAUAGUAAUAAAAUGAAAUAAACUUAUGUCGUGCUCUAUAAUUCUGUUCAUAAGAUUGCCAGCUGAAUGUGAAGAAACUACGAUUGUAAAUAAAGGAACAUUGGUUAAUGAAUAAUAAGUAUAAUAAGAUUCUACUUGGUCAAGGUUUUAUGGACAUGAAAAAAGAAUAAUUUUUGAGUUUUUUUAUAACUUUUGAGCAAAAUUAGCAAGCAAAAUGCCUGUGUUAUGAAAUUGGAUAUAUUAAAAAAACAAUUAACGAACAUAACUAAUAAAGAUUCUGUGAAUAAUCAA